AUGCCCAAAUACCCGUCCCUGGAACCCAAGUACAAAGGGCCCAGAUCUGGAUUCCGACCUUCUCAGGCGAUUAAGCAGAACCGUUUCGAGGAAGGCCUUCGUAGAAUCCGCUCAGUCCCUCCACCGCGAUCGACUACGAAAGCAUGCCCCGACCCUAUCAGCGAAGUCACCAAAGCCCAGCUCAGCGUACUCGACCCCACAGGCGCGCGAACACGUCUCUUCUCCGAGGACAAUCCCGAACGUGUUCAACCAGGCGAUAUCCUUCUAGUUCGCCUAAAAUCAGGAGAUCCCUUUGCUGGUGUGGUACUGAACAUUCGGAAACGAAACUCUCCAAUCGAUACUUCGAUCUUAUUACGAAACCACUUGACGAGAUUGGGAGUCGAGAUGUGGUAUAAAGUGUACAGUCCGAAUGUGGAGGGCAUUGAGAUUGUGCAAAGGAAGGAGAAGAGAGCGAGAAGAGCGAAGCUUUACUACAUGCGUCAACCGCAGCAUGAUAUCGGCAGUGUGGACAACAUUGUGAGGCAAUACCAGAGGCAGCGAAUGGGCGGACCUAUGGGUUCGAGGGAUGCGAAGGGGCGGGAUGCCAAUUCGAGUAAGAAGAAGAACAACAAGAGAGGGUCGAGGUAA